GGCUUAGCCACUUGAGUGACGGAUAUAAAAGCUUGCCGCUGAGAUGAUAUUUUUGUCCAUAGCCUGAAGCCAGUGCACCAGUCUCCGUGGAGCUACAAAGAUGAACUGUCUUAUCGUGUUUGCUGUUCUUGUUGGCGCUGCCUUUGCUUCUAAAAACGAAGCCAACAUCAACAUUUACCUUCACCUCUCUGACGAUGAAGCAAAGAGUGAUGUAGACGCAAACUACGCUACCACAAUGCACUAUGCCCAGUGUGAGAUGGAACCCAACCCUUACCAACCAGCUAGCCUCCACCACCACGUGCACGGAAGCAUCGAAAUGUCACAGCUGGGUGACGGAGAACUCACCAUGGUGUUCCACCUGACUGGCUUCAAUGUUAGCGACGACUUCGCGGACCAUAACCAUGGCCUCCAGAUCCACGAAUAUGGAGACAUGGAGCACGGCUGUGACACCAUUGGAGAACUCUACCACGGAGAGCAUGUCCAGGGACACGCUAACCCUGGUGACCUUGGUGAUCUUCAUGAUGACGACCAUGGAAACGUCACUGAUACCAGGAAAUUUGAUUGGCUCACAAUUGGACAUGAAGACGGAAUCCUGGGACGUUCUCUGGCUAUUCUUCAGGGAGAUCACACUAGCCACACAGCCAUCAUUGCCUGCUGCGUUAUCGGUCGCUCUCAUGCCCAUUAAGAUGUCAUCUUAUUCGUUUACCAUGAGUAGACAUCUCGGGGGAAACACGUGCAAUAUCUUUAAUUUUUACUGACUUACUUACAAAAUAAAUUCAUAAAAACUUUCAA